AUGGAUAAACGUAAAGAAGUCUCAGAUGGCGAAAAAGAAGAAAAAAUGCUUGUAAAAAGGAUAAAAGGGGGAUCAGAGAUCAUUCCAAAGGGUCAAGAUAAGCAAAAUGCACUUGUUGAAAUGUUACCAAGAACAUCUGGGUUAAAAGCACCAAUUAUGCAAUUAACAGGUCAUCAGGGAGAAAUAUUUGCAAGCAAGUUUGAUUUAACUGGACAACAUAUUGCAUCUGGUUCUUUUGAUCAGUUAAUUUUAUUAUGGAAUACGUAUGGAGAUUGUUCGAAUUAUGGGCAAUUGAAAGGUCACAAGAAAGCUGUUUUAGAUUUACAGUGGAGUCGUGAUUCUCGAGUAAUUUAUUCUGCAAGCGCAGAUUGUACUGUAGGAACGUGGGAUUCGGAAACGGGUCAACGUAUACGAAAACAUACUGGGCAUGAAGAUAUUGUUAAUUGUGUUGCAACAAUGCGACGGGGCACAGAGUUUUUGGCUACGGGUAGUGAUGAUGCAACAGUAUCUCUUUGGGAUGGAAGGCAGAAAUUUGCAGUAGACUAUUUUGACACAACGUAUCCCGUAACUGCUGUUGCUUUAAAUGAAGAAGGAAAUCAGUUAUUUUCAGGUGGACUCGAUAACGAUAUCAAGGUCUGGGAUCUUCGAAAAAAAUCUAUUCUUUAUAAAAUGAUAGGUCAUGCUGAUACCAUUACUUCAUUAAAUGUUUCUCCUGAUGUCAGAAUUUUUGACAUUCGUCCAUACGUUUCUUCUAGCCGACAAAUCAAAUUAUUGAAAGGUGCGCUUCAUGGUAUUGAAAAAAAUUUGAUUCGUGCUGCCUGGAGCAGCGAUGGUUUGCGAGUUGCUGCUGGUUCUGCCGAUCGAACCGUCAUUGUAUGGGAUGUCCCUACCGGAAAACUUACUUACAAACUUCCUGGUCAUAAAGCUUGCGUCAAUGCUGUUGAUUUUCAUCGACUCGAACCCAUUCUCAUGUCUGCCUCUUCCGACCGUUCUAUAUUUCUCGGUGAACUUUCUCAAUAA